CAGGCGCCGUCAACAACUCAUUUGUAGCUCAUUUCCGACUCUUUCAUUUCUACCUCUUUCCCGCUGCACGUUUGUCGCACGUCGUCAAGAAGCGGAUUUUUACACGUGCUUCUACGAUAGAUCGCGAAAGUUGUACACCCAUUUUAUAAUCGGGCAGUUGGAUCAUUCAAAAGUAUCAAAUAUCAAAGCACUAUUAAAUACGUCGUACCUAUAUCAAUCGACAACAAAAUGGAGAACGGUAAAGACGCCGCGAAGGUAGAAGAGAAGGCCGACGCUCCGGAAAGUGAGGUUAAAGAAAACCCGGCACAAACACCAACGGCUAACGAACCAGAUCCGGAGCUUUUAGUCCGGAUUAAAAACCAGAUCGAGUUCUACUUUGGUGAUGUAAACAUGCAACGUGACAAAUUCUUGAUAGAACAGGUAAAACUUGACGAGGGAUGGAUCCCUAUGUCAGUUUUGCUGAAGUUCAAGAUGCUCACAGCAAUGUCAACAGAUCCCAAAGUUAUCUUAAAAGCAUUAGCCAGCAGUGAUUUGAUGGAGGUUUCAGAGGACAAGAAAAAACUACGGCGCUCCCCUAGUCAUCCAUUACCGGUAUUUGAUGAAGCUUACAGAAAAGCUCAAGAAGAAAGGACUGCAUAUGUUAAAGGAUUUCCACUGACCGAUACCAACAUAGAAAAACUCAAAAAAUUCUUUGAAUCUUAUGGUCCAGUUGAAAAUAUCGUUAUGCGUAAGUACAUGGACAAGGAAAAGAAACUCCAAUUCAAGGGUUCAGUUUUUGCACAGUUCAAGACUCUUGAACUUGCUAAAAGUUUCAUGGAGAAGGAGUCUGUCAAAUAUGAGGAAACAGAAUUGAUCAGAAAAUGGUCAUCAGACUACUUCAUAUUGAAGACAAAAGAAAAAGAAGAGCGGAGACAGAAAAAGUCGGAAAAGACAGGGAAAAAAGCAGACAAGGAUGUAGAGGAAGCUGAGUGUGAAGAAGAUGCAGAUGAUGGGGAGAAAGAAAAGGACGACAAGGGCUUACCAAAAGGCUCUGUAAUUCACCUAGCAGGUCUCUCUGAGGAAACUACACGAGAGGAUAUCAAAGAGCGUCUUGGAGCUUUAGAGGGCCGAGUUGCCUUUGUAGAUUUCAAAAAAGGCGAUGUGGAAGGCUGGGCACGUCUUCAAGGAGACAAUGCUGCUGCUCCUGUUUUUGAAAAAAUAGAAGGUGGAAAGCUAUUGAUUGGUGGCAAAGAAGUUACCUGUAGAGUUUUGGAAGGAGAGGAAGAGGACAAAUACCUGGCAAAAGCAAAAGAGGAAAUGGCAAAUUUACGACAGAAAUAUAACAAAGGGAAACGCGGGGGAAGGAAAGGAGGGCGUGGCGGAUAUAGAGGAGGGCGUAAAAGACGUAGCAGUCCAAAUAGGGAUAGAAAAGGGCCGCCGGCUAAAAGACUUGCCACCACUGACUAAGUUCUUGUUUCAACAUGGAAGUUUAUCAAAAGGUCUAUGAGAGGAGUCGUAAAAUAUCAGAUGACAAAUAUAUCUAAUAACAAAUUACAAUAAUAAGACAAUUACAUUACUACUUAUUAUUGGCUAUAUAUGAUGCUACUAUAUUUUUUAAAUCGCCAGACGCCUUUGAGUACCUUGGAGAUGAACUAUUGUUAUAAAAGACUGCGUCGUAUAUUUGAGUUCAACGCGUUUCUAAUGCGCUUUUUCAAUCUUCUUAAGAAAUAAUCGCCGUGUGGUUAUUAUAUGUAUUAUUAUUUGACAGACUACUAUUAAACGUUGGCUUAUGUUUCUUA